AUGCGGCGCGGUGAUGUGUUGAUAGCACAUCAGCGACUUGCACAUAACCUCACCUUAAAUCUGAGCGAAACAACCAGAAAGAACGUUUUCUUCCGCGUUGCUCAUGCCCUGAUCGAUGAUAUCGUCGACGAGCAAAUCCGUUCUCCAACUCCAUGGGUUGGAUUCGAAGGUCUCGCCGAAUUUAUAGAAGAAGGAGCAGCAGACUUUGCAGGGAAGCGAAAAUCAUCAAAGAAGACCGAAAAAGCAUCUCCAGCUGUCUCUUCUCGAGAAUUUUUUUCUGGAGGCGAUCUUCGACUGACACGAGAACAGAAGGAAACUUUCAUCAAGGAUGGUUUCGUCAUGCUGCCAGAGGCUGUUUCGCAGGAGCUGGUGAAGACGGCCCUCGACUUUGUCAAUCAGUCCUAUGAAGAUGGCAAAUACAAUCUUAAUGGCGCUACAAGGCCUGGUGCUAAGCGUCCUUCUCCCGCUUUUUAUAAACCGAUACAGCGGGCACCUCAAAUAGUAGACUUGUUUUACAAGUCUGGACUGGUCGGGGUAGCAGAAGAGCUACAAGGGAAAGGAAACCCCAUAUUGCGAGCCAAAAUUGGUCAGGUCGCUUAUAACCCCACUUGUGAACUUUACCAAGAGCAAGGGAAAGAUAAAACGAAACCACACCCGAAGAACAACUGGCAUAUAGACGCUGGCAACGGAAGAUACGCUGCCCUAGGAUCGGACUUUUCGUUUCUAGUAGGUGUGUGCCUGACUGAAGGUCAAGAUGUUGAUGAAAGUCGUGGACAGUUCACCGUUUGGCCAGGUAUGUUCACCAAAGAACCUAGGUUUACAAAUCACGGCACGUGCCUGAACGCAAAGUGCUAG